AUGCCGUUUCCCUUUGUGCUGUCAACCACCUCUCAAGUCUCCUUUCAGAGCAGUUUCACCUCGUCCACCCACCCUUCCCUUCCUACCGCGGCUACAUCACGCCGUGCAGUCCUUCGGGCGGCACUGAAGAGCCACAAACGGCUGUCGCCAUCCGACCAAGCCACCAAUCUACUUGCACUAUCCACCACGAUCAAUGAUUAUCAGCGGUUCCUAUUGACUCUGGAUCUUGCAUUAUGUGGCAAGUCGAUCGCCGGAGAAGAAGUCGACAUCAUAUUAGCAAAAGAACCGGAGAUCGAAUGGCGACCUACUCUGGGUGCGAGUGGCAUUCCAGGCCGCGAGAACGACAGAGUCAAGGGCAAAGGGCUCGACUAUGAGCUUUUCUUCGUUCUUCAUACCCUUGCCUUAGUCCAGAACUUGCUGGCCAGACAAUCAUUACUGGGCUUCUACGCUUCAUCCAGCCCGACAACCGAACAGCGAACGGCGCUGAUCCAAAAUGCGACUAAGAGUCUCAAGGUGGCCCAUUCUCUUCAUUCCUAUGUAGUCUACAGGGCAAACUCUUCAACCGACGGGCCGCUUAGUUUCCCGCCGAGCGCUGUCGACGUAUCCACGGCAGUGCAGUCAGCUCUACAGCAUCUGACACACGCCGAAUUCAAUCUAUUAUGUGUCUUGAAAGACGACCCAUAUCCCGCCCUACUGGUGCAGUCGCGUAACAAGGACGAUAGGGAAUGGAUGAUUCGCGCACCCUCGAUCCCCAAGGUCCGCGCGCAAGUGCUGACCCGGCUGUGUAUCGGAGCAGCAGAACAUGCUUCCGUUGCCGCAGUGUCGUUGAAAUCUGACAGCUACAAGGUGUCGAAAGAUCUGUUGGACUACUGCGAGGGAAUCAGACGAGCCUCUCGGGCGAAGGCUUGCCGGUUUCAAGCCCUCGAUGAGGAUAUGACUGGGUCGACGGGAAGGGCGAUUGCAUGGCUUCGGGCGGCGCGAAACGAAUUGGGCUUCGAAGUCGGCAAGGAUGGCCACAAGUCGCUCGGGCUGGGGAAAUUGAAAGCUUCCUGGACCGAAAGAAGAGAAGACAAGAGGAUCGAGAAGGGGAGCGCGGACUGGGGACUGGACGGCGGCAGGCUUGAGGAGUCACGCAUAGUCGACUAUCUCGACCAGAAGAUGACCAAGGAGAACGACACAAUCAAUGUCCAGCUGAUACCAGAAUGGAAGCCGUUACUGGCCGCACUGCCGAGCGGGAUGAACAUGCCGAUCGAGGAGAAGUGGAAGCCAACAGUUCUGGAGGAGGAGGAACUUGCUGCCAUGAGAGCACCACCUGAAAAUAAUGACAUGGCGGACGCCUGGAGCUCUGACGAUGAAGACGGGAAUCCGAACCAGCCUGUGGGCGCCUUUCCAGGAACACACCACGAUUAUGGCGCAGCUGCAACAACGUAUUACUGA